ACGGCGAAUUCACGUGCGUAGUAAAAGUUAGCGUAACUGGCUGUGGUGACAACUCGAUUCCCCCCGAGCGGUUUUCUGAGCACCCUCCCUCCCUCCUUCUAUACCUCCGCCCCAGUUCUCGCUCCGUGCUCGCUCGCCCGUUGGUCCACCGCUCGCAGUAGGGAGAAGGCGCGUCAUGUCCGGAGUAACGGCCCAGAGACCGGGGAAGAUGAAGGGACGCAGGAGCGACAGGGCAGGGGGCGCCCGUGCUAGCAAAACGCCCGCAGGGGACAACUUGGCCCAUCUCCUUGCUCCAAAUUCUGGUGGAGUUGGUGUGUUCAACAAUCCUCCUUUGGCGCACACACUAGUUUCUCUCAUUGGAUGUGUGGUGGAGGUACAAAUGACGAGCGGAAAAGUGUACGAGGGAAUCCUUAGAGCUAUUUCUCCUAAUAUGGAGAUCUCUCUCAAUGUGGCACACGUGAAGGGUCAGCCGCCGACUGUUGAUACUGUGUACGACAGAAAAGAAGUGUGUUUUGCCGAUGUCGUUACCAUCUCUGCUAAAACGGGGACGAACCCGCAAUUAGACAUCUUCAAAACUGAUGGUGAAAUCAGUGGUCAUACAAAUGGUCCACAAUCCAGAGAACUGCAGCCUUUCACAGAUUUCAGUGGGGACGGAGUUAAUCUGGAUGUGAUGGGCGGGCCGGAGGGUGAUGGUUGGAGUGUGGAGGAGAUGUUUGCUGUGAAUAAGAACAAGUUUAAAGUUUCGUCGACCUACGACGAGGAAUUGCCAGAGUACACGACACCACUGGCGAGAGACGUGGAGGGUUACAAGGAGAGAGAGAUGGAGGCCAUUCAACUUGCCAGCGAGAUAGAGUCUAGGAAUAUGCAUUCGAGGCAUGGUAUUGAUGACCUAGGAUCAGAAGAAGACAGAUGGAGCUCAGUGUCGAGGGAGCCCGAGAGGUCUCAGGUGAACUCGCUGGGUUCAGGUCUCGUCGUCAAGGAAAACGGAAGUCAGACUCUCACCUCACACAGCACCCACCCCCAAGCCACACCCACUUCCACAGCUCCGUCUCUAGCUCCGCCCACUUCGUCUCCGUCGCCCUCUCCCCUCGUUCCUCCCUCACCUCAGACAAACAGCACCAGCAGCCUUGCCGAUUCUGAGACCACACGCCCCACCCACUUCCUCUCAGUUACCCGGCAACAAUGAGACAAACUCAUGUGACAGUGUUGUGUCCACUGAUGAGGCAGUAGAUAAUCUUAACAAGGGGAAAACCCCGGAAGUUAGCGGCGAGAGAGUUUCGGAGUUGCCCCAAGCACCUUCUUUAGCAGACACAAAGGAGGGGGUGGGGCCAGCUGGAGAGGGUGGUUCCGAGGAGCUGCAGCCAGUGUCUCUACAGUCCACUGCCGGUGAGGAGAGAGAGGGAGGGAAGAAGGACGAGGAGGAGACGGAGGAGGCCCCGCCCCUCGCUGUCCCGGAGCCUGCGAAGGCCGAGAAGGAACAAGCGAUAAAGAACUUCAAGCUGGAUCCCACGGCAAAGGAGUUUGUGUUGAAGGAGUUCGUGCCUUCUCCCCUCACCUCCUCCUCCUCUUUUGCCUCUUCAGCCUCUGCUGGCUCGCCAUCCUCCACCCACACUCACACUCGCACACAUCCGCACACUCCCCGCAGCGGCGGGGCCCGUUACCCUGGCAACAACAGUCCCCGCAUCCGACCGUCUGCCUCCAGUAACGUCUACACCCACACCUCAUUCGCUACUCCAGAUAUCCACACAGCAGUUUCUUCCAGCUACAUGCUGACUCAGCAACCGGCCGGUGGUGGCAUGGCGGGCUUACUCAGACCUAGCCUUCACACUGGUUUCUCUCAGUAUGGCCUCCCACCUGGUCCUCUGAUGGGCAUGCCUCAGUUUAUUGCCAGUCCACAUUCGUCAAUGAUUGGUGGCGCAGCACAGCAGCAGUUUCCCAUCAUGCAACAACAUCAGUUGUUUCAAUCCGGUCAAACCAUUGUGACUCCGCAAGGCCUGGUGAUUCCACACACCCAGCCAGUAUUCCCUCUCUCCCCCAUGCACCAGUCGCAGAUUGUUGCCGCGGUGACCCCCGGGGUACCCAUGUGAACCCGCAGCUGAUUUGUGGUGACCGGAACUGCCGCUGCGUCGGGUCUGCCAGAGGGGUGUGGGGGUGCAUAUCAGAUGCAUGGGAGCAGGGAAAUGACGGGCCAGUAAGUAAGACCAUUUUCCUCACUAUAUAUUUUUCACUAGAGCUGCAUUAUUGGUGAAUUUAUCAGUUACAUGGUGCAGUUCCUUAAAGUUUGUAACAUAUUAUGGU